AUGAUGCCUUCGGUGAUAAAAGUUAAAGCUUUGUUUCAGCCGCCACACGGAAUUGAGGAUCCUCCCAUGGCACCCACACAAUCUACUCAUGGCGACCUUCCAGUUGAUCCACCUCCUCCUAGAACAACUACCAUUGUUAAUAAAUUUGAAAAGGAACCUGAAGGCAGCAGAGCCCGCAUUACAAUCAAACAAGGGAAGAGGACUGUUACAGCUAGCAAGAGCGAAGGAUUACUCUUUAUGAAAAAAUCAAAUGAGAAUCGCAAAGCCAAAGAUCCUGUGCUAACUAUAACGGAUCUCAAAAAGAGAAAGUUUGGUGAUGCGUAUGGAGAUCGAUCCAGAAUCCGAAUGUGGACUUUUGAUCCUGAAUCGAACACGUGGGUUGUAAAGAGGAAUUCUAGUGUCUCUGAGUAUUACAAAAGUGUUCAUGAUUUUAACUCGUGGACUAAAGUGGAUCUUGCUGAACUUUCAAGAGCCCCAUUCCAAAAGAUAAGGAAAUUAUGGAUCCUGAAUCAGGCGUACGAUGAUGAAACUGCCACUGCUGCCAUAAAAUUCAAGGAUCGAGAACAAGUUUUAAGGCUAAUAAGUGCUAAGGAUAUUCUGAGAUUUAGAGAAAGAGAUAUCCGUACUCUGUCUCAUCACCAAAUCAUAGUUCGAAAGGAUGUCAUGCAGGCUGCUGCCAAAGAAUAUAUUGGGAUGGUCGUCACCAUCAUAAAUGGAAGACUUUGGAUGGGCUCCAUGGGAAAGUCCGAUUUGAAGCUGUUUGAAAAGCUCACAAGUUGA